AACUUACUUCAGCGCUGGGUAGACAUGUGUUUCAUGUUUCAAUUAAUUUGUCCAAGGUGUGGCCCUUUCGCCUCCUUAACCGACACCCAUGUUGCUUUUUUUGAGUGUAGUGAAGGCCCUCUCCGUCAUUGCCCCACAUGCACAGCUCCUGGCCGACUUCACCCCUGCACCAGAGGAUGACCCGAUGACCCAUGAAAUCAAGCAUGCCAUCCGGGAAGAUUUGAGGAAGAGAUACACAUGUACAAAAGAGAGGCACACACUCCAUACAGCACCUGCCCUCGAUCCUCGCUUUAAAGCUCUUCCAUUCCUUUCAGAGGAUGAAAACGUGGAGACAUACAGCAGAGUGACUACAGAGGCUGCAUCCCUCGAGGUGGUAAGAGAAGAUGCUGAAGUCUCUGAGAGGGAAUGUGAUUACAUGGCUGAGGGGUAUGAUGACGGUGAGGAGGAUGGCGCAGUUGGAAAGGUUCGAGACAAAGCCCCAAAGCUGGAGGAGUACAGCCCCCCCACCUCAAGACCAUCUUCUCUGACUGCACUGCUGGGCCAAACCUUUAGUGUUGUCACCACAGUGGUGCCCAAGUCGGCACAAACCAGGGCUGAGGAAGAGGUUCACAUGUAUCUGGAGGCCACUUCACUUCCUCUCACUGAUGACCCCCUUGAGUGGUGGAGAAGCAACGAUCCUGUGUAUCCUCUCCUAGCCAAGGGCCUAACGAUACUUACUGUAUGUAUCCCAGGUACGAGUGUUGCAGCAGAGAGUGUUCUCCACUGUGGGGGACAUUGUGUCAGCACAACGGAGCACACUCACUCCACAACAUGUGGACCAGCUGGUCUUCCUCCAUAAGAAUCUGGUCAUUCCAGAGCAAUGAAUGUUAAGUACAACUUGAUCACUCUCCAUUUACAGUGUGUUGUGUUCUGUCCUUGUGCUCUACAGUAUAUAAGCUACAGUAAGUUGGUUCUACCUCUAAAGGAAAUAAGUCUUCCAUUUAAUUGUUGUUGUAAUGAGAGUGCAAAGAAUCUGGUCAUUCUAGACCACUGAUUGUUGUUUAGUAAAAUUUGAUCAGCCAAAACACAAUGUGUUGUGUUAUUUCUGUGUUCUAUAAAGGUGCAAGGCAUUACACAGCUGUAAACACACACAGUUAAAAAGCUUCAUUUUUGUUCUACAGAAAAAAGUAGUUUGUAACACAGGUACAGAGAACUAUACAAGGUUCUACCAAUGGAAAGCCUCUCUGCGAUGUUAAAAGGGAACAAUAUUUUUUUAAAUUUGGCAACCAGUCUUAGUUUAUAUACCUUAUGAAAUUACAGACUUAUUACAGAAAGGUGGAGUGCCUCCAUAUUUGAACCUUAUUUUAUAAAUAAGAAUUGGAUUUUCCUAUCUCCUUUUGCUUUUUUGGCGGGAUGUGGUUUGCCCUCUCCUUCUCUUUGGAGGGUUUGUGUCAUGGUGCCAUAUAUCUGUUGACCUCUUUACCAAUGUGUGUUUUACUACUUAAGCAGCAUAUGCUAUGAGAUAUUACUAUCUGGCUGUGAGUCUUGAUCUGGGGGCUGUUGGGUCAUUAUCUUCUGGUUUUGUUUUGUUUUUGUCUUGUAAAU